UGCCGCCAACAAUCUACUCCUCAGGUGAUCGCUCAUUGUUAUUAUCUUAGUUGUGUGGGCUGAUAAGCUAGUGACUCCCCAACGUGCAGCCAUUGUAAUUGCCCUGCCUGUUUGUGUGUUUUUUAAUCAAAAAAAACAGCCAACUUCUUGACAAACAUUUUCUGAAUAGUUGUUGGUUUAAGCGGCUGACAAGGUUCAAGGUCUGAUAAGUAAAUCAGACAUUUGAAUUGUUUAUUAGUGACGGUGAUUGUAUUUCUGUUAUGAAUAUUAUUGUUCAGAAGGCUGCUUUGUUUGUGGUUUUGUGGAUUUUGAAGAAUUCCUUCAAUUGAUAAGUACAUAACAUCAUCAGCAACAAUGGCAGCAUUUGUGGCAAAGCAGAUGGUGGGAAACAAGCUGAAUGCUGUGAAAGGAGCGGUCGGUGGCGAUAACGAUGAUGGAGACGACAAAGAAAAGGAGGAGGAAGCCGAAAGGGAGAGACAAGAAGCGAUCCGAGAAGCUGAAGAGCGACGCAAAGAAAAGCACAGAAAAAUGGAGGAGGAACGCGAGAAGAUGAGACAGGAGAUCAGGGACAAGUACAAUAUAAAGAAAAAAGAAGAAGUAGUAGACCCUAUCCAAGAAGAGCCCAAUCCGUUGAUGCGGAAGAAAAAGACGCCCGAAGAGUUGGCUCGGGAGGCAGAGGCGGAGGAUGAGGACGAACUUACAAAACUCAAGAACACAAUAGAAACGAGCGUUAAUGAGCUCAGGUCUCAACUCGAAAGUAAAUGCGUAAUGCAAUGAAUAAGGAGACACCCAUACCGACACAUACUGCGGGCCCCUGCGGGCAAACCACCACCAUUAGACUAUAAAAAAAUAAUAAUUUGUUAAUUUAGUUAGUAGUCGUAACACCUGUGAUGUGAUUUACUUAUGGUCAAAUAAUGUACUCGACAUAGUCGAUGAAAAGGGUUCCGAGGCGUUAUGGGGGUAGAAAAGCGAAUCCCUGCAACCCUUAUCAGCGUCACGUCGCAUCAACCCUUGCGUUGGUUAAUGUUUUUUGCUGUAUAAUAUUUUGUGGUUGCACAGAUAUAUUGCCCCUCCCCCCAAAAAAGAGACUGCGAUAAACAAUUAACAAAGUAACAAAAUUAUUAUGAUGAGCGCAGGUUGUCAUAAUACUUUUGUCCUAGAAUUAUUAAUUGUUGUUACCAUUUUUCUAGGUAGAUAAAAAUAUAGUUAAACGUGUAUUUUUUUGUAUCGCCAAAGUAAUAACAAUACCUACGUAGAAGGAAAAGUUUCGGUUUCGGGUAUUUUUUUAAAAGAACGAAUGAAUGAUUGAGAGACGCUUCGAACAACUCUGCCUUUUUUCUCAAACAAAAAACUUUCAAGCACACACAUUUGCUCGAACUCACACCAAGAUUGCUCAUCCAAAUUCCCUAAAUGGUGGAUUAUGCCGGUUUAAUUGUCAAUCGAAAUAGCUAUUUCGCAAACGUUCAAAUCCAUACAGUCGAAAGCUUUAGCGCAAUCUUCAUAUAUCAAAUAGUGUGUGUUUUUCACUGCUGUUGAGACGUGAGAAAUAUUUUGUAUUAAAAACUUUGCAAAUGUAAUAAAUAUCGGUGUUAUAACCCUUAUUGUACAAAACGAUUUUGCAAAAACUUAACAUCAGCAUUCUGCAGUUUUUCGAAUUCUCUGCAUAGUUUUGAACGAUUUCGAUUGACAAAAAAACGAGCUUUUUAAAUUCAGUAUUAGGCCUGUUGAAAUAAAGUUCAAAGCGAACAUUCCAUCAACAAUUUGUCGAAAACGAAAUGGGAUUAAGCUAAUUUUACGAGGACACUUUGCCCAUGGUUGAGUGCAAAUUGCUCUGUCACUAAUGCAAUUAGGGUUUUGAAAAUUUCGAUCAUGGCCAAUAAUUGACGGUCCUGUAAAAUGUUAACUUUUCCCAUUCGUCGGGGUGUUUUAUAAGCAAAUAAACCACGAAACUGAAUCAGCAAUUGCCUGAAAACAAUUACUUUUCUUAGGAAAAUUACUUUUUUGCUUUCGACGUGUAAUAAGUUGAAGCAUGAGUCGCCGACUAAUAAUUAUUGUGCCGUGUUUAUUGUUGUUGCUUUCUCUUUCUCUCUUACAACACACGCGCCAUUCCGUUAGCAAUCAGUUACUAUGCAUUAAUGCCAUUUAAAAACAUGACCUGGAAGCUGCACGCAAAAAUUUAGCCCGAUGCAUAGUGGCUAAUUGGUCGCUUUGUUGACAGAAACAGUAUCAUAUCCAGAAACGACCAAUCAACCAGAUUCCUACAACACGCAUUGAUCAAACGUAGAAAACACAGCAACAAAAAUCUAGCUAUCUUGAAACCUUGUGAAACUCAAACUGGAGGUCAUUUUUUUAUCACCGUUGGGCGCAAAUCUUUCGCCAUCAGUUUAGCUAUUUUUUCAACUCGAUGCUCUUCUCUAUAAAAAUCCUUUCUUGACUGCCGGCACGGAAAAGCGGCUAUAUUUGUAAAUAACAAAAUAAUUUUUAAGACAAUAAUAAAUGUAACUUGUAAAUAUUUUUUAGGAGUUACGUACUGAGAAAAUGAAGCCAUUUUUCUUCCAUUUUGUAUUAAGAAUGUCUGGUUAUUUCUAAAGGUAACUGUAUGAGUUAUUUGAAAAAUUCACUUUGGUAUAGUUGCAAUUGCGGCUAAACGUGAUGUUGAUAGCUGUUGGUGUACAAAAUUACCCUUAAAACGCCAUAUAAUUAUACUUUGAGCGUUUCAAAAGUAAGUUUAAGACGGUUUCGCAACGUCGUGGAUCGUGGAAAAUCGUAAAAAAUUUCAGUGCCGAUUUCCAGGCUCCAGGAACCUAUUUUUAUUUUUACUCUCAUUAUUUGUCAGAGUAUUUUUAGUGGCAAUUGCAAUUGACCAAAAAUCUGCAACUGCACUAAGUUGGGAAAACCUCAGAUAGCUUCUUUCAAAUUUCUCUGACAAAUCAAUGCGUACCAACGGUGCAAAAAAUUACCUCUGAACGAAUCGCAAUUAAAUAAUUUAUUUUUAUACCAAGGCUUUCAGACUGAAGUGAAAAUUUAAUUAUAAUACUUGAACAUUUUCUAAACAUGUAAAUCUGCCUAACAUUGUCCCUUUUCAAAAAUAAUCUUUUAAUGUUAAGAUUACAUAGGGUACCUUCUACGAGUUCAUUUACAGGUUGUACUUUCAGAAGCAGAGAUGUUAAAUUCAAGUGUUUGCUGCAUUGUGGGCGUUUUAUGAACAAUUUUACGCAAAAUACAAAAUACGCAUGUUACCUGGACCUGUAACUGCAACCUAUAACCGCAACAUGUAAACUGUUAUGCAGAAAUGAGUGUCUUAAAUUUUUUAAUCUGUUUUGUUUCCCAACUUUGCAUCUUGAACUAUAUCUGUAUAUCUAACUAUAUCUGCCCAAAAACUUGCAGUUACACUUAUCCUUCUAAGACAUUGCAGACGAUGACGAUUUUUUGCGAAAUACUGAAAAUAUAUCCAAGCAAACACUUAGGCCGAUUGGUUAGCCAAUGCUGAUUUGUUCUGCAAUGUAUGACCGUGUAAUUUCUCACUUAUCUAGCUGUCCCCAGUUGAGCUUACGCAUAAAGCUUAACUGGGUGCAAAGACACAGUAUCAACUACAUACUUCUUUCCUUACAGCAUGUAGACUCUAAUAUAUAUCUCUAACUAUGCAAAUUGUAGUAGCUGAUAGGCUGUAACGUACUGUACGUUUGAAGUGUCGUUGCUGACUCAAACAGUUCAAACAAACAAGGCAAUUAUCGGUUUAGCACCGAUAUUAGCAACGUCUCAACUUAAUGGCGUGUUGCAAUAUCAAUCCAGUUAGUUCGAUUGAACGAUAUUCGAACAUGCCAUGACGUUGGGACACUCUGUAUAUGAAGAUACGCAACACAAAACGUGGAAUUUGGGUGAAAUCAACGUGAAAAUAUACUUUAGGGGAUUGUUUAAGGGUUUUGUCAAAUGAAACUAUUUCGGUACUCCUUAAACGAUGCAGGUCCUAAGCAGCCCAAACACUAUACACUACCUAUUAGGAAAUAAUUUAUUCGAGACGUAUAUAAUCACUAACGUAAUGCAAAUCAAUGCAAUUGUACUAGUUCUUAAAGCAUACUUGAUGCCUUUGCAAGACGUGCAUCGAUUGCACGGUUGCACAGUUUUACCUAAAACUGCGAUCUGUCGGCACAGGGUAAAGUUUAGCUGAGACCUGAUAUAGUAAAUACUUUUAUAUUUACCUAAAUGUCUGGAUACUGGAUACGAGAACGGUGCAACAUUGCAUUCGACGUGCCAUUCUUGAUAAAACGCAUCAAGAAUUGUGUAGGUCUUUAAAAAGCUUGUUCUAUUGUUCUACUCUAAUCAAUAAUAUGAUUUGGCAGAAUCUAAGGUGUAAAGUGUUCAGAUAUCGGUCUGGGCUCGGAACUGGUGAUGGGAAUAAUCAUAUUGGUUUAAUACAUGAGGUGUUAGUGAUAUCGCGCAUUGAAUAAUCGAUCGAUUGGACAUUCGAGUUAUUCAAUCCAAUUAAAUAGCAUCAUAGUGCGAUUGAAAAAGUGAAUAAAACCUACUGCGCAUUGAAUGAAUCAAUUGCAAUUUUUUGUCACUGCCGUCAGAACAGUGCAACCAAUUACAGCUCAAUCAAAUAAAGCCCGGAUCUUCCAUGCCAAUUGCAAAUAAUUAAAUUCGAUUCUUCUCAUCACUACUAGGAACCUAGUCAAAUUGUUCCAUGCCUCCCACUUCGGUUAAUCAAUUCAUGGAUUUAAAAGUGGGCCCAGACUAAUUGCCUAUUCAACUGUCUUUACUGCUUUCACAUUGACCAAAUCUUCAAAACCAUCCUAUGUUACGUUAUAUUUGGAUUUAAUUCAAUCUUGCUCAACAACGCUCGCAUAGCCUGCACCCACCUUGCUUAACAUUAAAUAUCCAUUAUUCUUUCUGGUAUUCCACUUGUAAAACCGAAUUUAUAUGGUGGUCGGAACACAUGCAGUUCGAAUUCUAAUCCCAAAUUGCAAAUUAAAACAACAACGUACCUGGAUUGCGAUUCGAAGCAAGUGUAGUACGUCCCGAAAAUCCUGGCAAAUGUGAAUGUUCCUAAAUUCUCUUUCAAAGUCGCGGACAACCUCUCCAAUGGCACGCCCAAUCAGCACCUGUAACAAAUGCAGUUCUGAAUGACUGUGGAUAAAACCCUUGUAAAAGAAAAACAUUCGAAAUCGAAAAAAAAAGUUGCUGAAACACAAUAAACAACGCAUAGAACCAGUCGUUAAAAACUAAAAAGCCUGUGUAUUUAUUAAAAUACUAUUCAUAUUAACGAAAAUGUUGAUUUCCAAAUUGGUGGGCUGUCCAGCGUUCUCCUUCCUUAUCUUAUGACAAAGAAAUUAAAAGCAAUGCGUAGAUUUACCUAAACCAGGUGUGUGAUAUAUUGUAAGUAGAACUUUUAUUACCCAUACAUUAGUCGAUAAUCCCGUAGUGUGACGUACUAGCACACGUACAACCAUUAUACGAGAUCACUUUUUCUAGUAGGAGUAUAUAGAAUCCAUUUAUUGUUAGUAAGUAUAGAAAUAGCGAGGGCAUAUUAUUUAAAUGCGGGAAAUUUCGAUGUUGUAUGAUCCGUAACGCCGAAGACAGUUUCUUAAACCAAAACCAGUUGUAGGCGCACUAGCUAAUAUUCUAGAGACAACGACACAUAUGUAGUUAACUCUAAUAAGCUGUAAUUUCAUACUCUAGUUCUAUAACUGUUAGUUCUUCACUUCUCGGUGUCAUUUGUGACUCCGAUUCUCCAAAGUCACUGUUGAUUACCCACAGAUUGUUCUCAAUAGUGACUUGCUAGGCUUCUGCUUCACUAAACUACGUGUAAUCCCAAAAAGUAGAGAUAAUUUCGUGACAAAGAAAACCCAUGUGAAAAUUGUUAUUGAACUAAUCAAUGUUGUAUUGUUAUAAUCAUGAAAAUGAUAUUCGCAAAUUACAUUGUAAUGUAGAUAUUGUUGUUGAAUCGGAUUUCGAGCAGCGUCUGUUUUAACUACUUUUCCAAAUUAAAUUUUUCUUUGUCUAUCAUCCCCAGGCUCAAGCGCAUUUCCCGGGAACAAUUUUGGGGAGACUCCGAAUUCGCAAUUGCAAACUAAACUGAGAACAGGUAAUGCUCGAGAUCGUAUAGUUGUUUUUCGUAUCUAUACAUUCAUUAACCAGUAACAGUGUUUCCCCAGCUGAAAAAGAAACAAGGAACACGUUUUGUAGAUGCUGAGUACCUUUAAUAGUUAAGGGCUGUUCACGUUGUUAUAUAAUAAAUAUAAGUCUUAGUCAACAGACUUGAUUGUUGUUAGUUGUAAACACCUACAACGUUAUUGUAAAAAGAAGGUCUUAAUAAAAAUAUUACAGUUUAA